AUGCAGCAGCAGCAACAGCAGCAGCAGCAGCAGCAGCAACACCAACACAUACAACAACUGCAACAACAACAGCAGCAGCAGCAGCACCACCUCCAGCAGCAGCAUCAUCAGCACCAUCACCACCACCACGAGCAGCAGCACCAUCACCAUCACCAUCACCAGCACCAGCAGCAGCAGCAGCAGCAGCAGCGCCAGCAGCAGCAGCAGCAGCAGCAGCAGCAGAGCGUGUGUUUGGUAGUGGUGCUGGGUUCAGCGAAAGCUGCAGCGCCUUGGCCCUCCGGCAUCCGCAUAUCUCUUAAUAAACCACCGAUGCAGCCAAGGAGAGAACAGCAGCAGCAGCAGCAGCAGCAACAGCAGCAGCAGCAAUAG